UUCCCGUUCCGCAACGUAUGACCACAACACAUCGAGUCAAACUCUUACCCCACGCCGCGAUGCACCAGAUCACUUUCCGUGUCUGUCCAUUUUUCCGGAUGAAACGUUCACCCAACCACUUCAACUUUGUCGAUUCCACACCAUGGACUCGGAAUCAGUAAUUGAGUUCCUGGGCUGCGUUCCUCUGCUUCAGAGGCUUCCCAGCUCCUCUCUCAAGAAAAUCGCCCAGCUCGUCGUUGUCAAACGCUACGAGAGUGGAGAGUAUGUUGUUCGUGAAGGCGAAGCAGGCGACGGGGUUUACUUCAUAUGGGAAGGAGAGGCUGAAGUUACUGGUUCUGUUAAUGCCUAUGAAGGAAAUCAACCCGAGUUCAAAUUGAAUCGAUAUGAUUAUUUUGGUUAUGGUUUUGCAUCAAUUGAACAUCAGGCCGAUGUGAUUGCUUUAUCUAAGCUGACUUGCUUUGUGCUACCCCAUGAGAAUUGUACUCUGCUGCAGCCAAAAUCAAUCUGGAAUGCUGAUGAAGCUCAAGAGACAUGCUCUCUUGUUGAGAAUAUACUGCAUUUGGAUCCAAUUGAAGUAAACAUAUUUCGAGGGAUUACUUUGCCGGAUGCGCCAAGAUUCGGACAGGUUUUUGGAGGACAGUUAGUUGGACAGGCAUUGGCUGCGGCAACGAAAACUGUUGAUUGUCUUAAACUUCUCCAUAGUCUGCAUGCACAUUUUCUGCUUGUUGGGGAUUGUAACACACCAAUUAUAUAUCAAGUUCACAGAGUACGUGAUGGGAAGAGCUUUGCUACUCGAAGAGUGGAUGCAAUUCAAAAGGGGAUUAACAUAUUCACGUUACUGGCAUCAUUUAAAAAAGAAGAAGAAGGGUCUGUCCACCAGCAAGCAACAAUGCCAUCUGUGCCUGCUCCAGAUAAACUUCUGUCGAUGGAAGAACUACGUGAAAAACGUCUUCUUGAUCCACGUCUUCCAAGGACUUAUCGAAUCAAGGCAGCUGCAAAGAAAUCUGUGCCUUGGCCUAUAGAGAUACGAUUUUGUGAGCCUAGUAGCUCAACCAAUCAGACUAAAUCUGCACCGAGUUUGAGGUUCUGGUUUAGAGCAAAAGGAAAACUUUCUGACGAUCAGGCUUUGCAUAGAUGUGUUGUAGCAUAUGCUUCAGAUUUGAUAUUUGCUGGUGUAAGUCUGAAUCCCCACCGCAGAAUUGGAGUUAAGUUGAGUCAAGUUAGUUUGGACCAUGCGAUAUGGUUUCACCGUCAGGUUAGAGCUGAUGACUGGUUACUGUAUGUGAUAGUGAGUCCGAUUGCCUACGACACACGUGGAUUUGUUUCAGGCCAAAUGUUUAACAGAGAGGGAGAGCUUAUUGUAUCAUUGACCCAAGAGUCCCUAAACAGGCCAAUCAGACCAACUCCGGCUGCCACAUCUAAGUUGUGAGCUGGUUGGUGCGUGCAGAAUACUGUAGCACAUCUAAAAGCAGCGUUGGGCGAUCAUGUCCGGUGAACCAGUUUGAGUUUGGUUCCAGAUUUGUGCACUGGGUUUUACAACUAUAUAGAAUAAUGGAACUAUAUAGCAUUAAUUGUCAAAACGUUACACUAAAUUGUGUAAUAAGUUAAUAACACAUUUCAAUUGUAUUGAGAUGUAGCAGUGUAAUAAGUCAAUAGCACAUUUUGAACUCAUAUUGAGUUGACGUGAAAUUAUUUGUGUUUGAAAGGUGAAUUUCGGUAGACGGAGAAAUGGAACCCAAGUUGGUGGGUUAUUUUGACUCGAGA